AUGCGGGGCGGGCGGCGGGUCUCAGGAACCUAUGGGCUGGAAGCCUGCGCCCGAAGGAACAGCAACCGCUGGCCCCCAAAGACCUGCUGCUCAUGCUUCGCCCCAACAGCGAAGGCUUCUUCGACUGCGGCGGCGCCGAGAAGAAAGGCGGCACUCAAGCGACGCACAUAA